AGCUGGUGGGGUCGAGACGCGGCGCCCUGCCCCCGCCAGUGACGCGCCGGCCGCCGGUGGACGCGCAGCUCACGACACUCAUGCUGCUGGAGCUGGCGCUGGGGCUGGCGGCGCUGGCCACGGUGGCGGCGGCCGGGCCAUCAGAGCUGGCACUGGACGUGCGGCCGGUGGGGCUGGCGCCGGUGCCGCCGCGACCGUACAUCACCGCGGUGUGCGAGACCGCCCCGGCCGACUGGGACUCCCGCCAGGGCGCUCCCUGGCGGCAGAACAUGAAGACGGUGCGGCGGCGGGCGGAGGAGGCCUCCGCUCAGGGUGCCGACCUGCUAGUGCUGGCUGAGCACGGCAUCAUGAGCAACGGGCCGUUUGCGACCCGCGAAACGCUGGCUCUGUUCGCCGCGGAGAUGCCCUCCGCUGACGAGCUGGCGGUGCCCUGCGGCGACGCAUCGCGGCACGAGGUUGUGUCCGGCCUGAGCUGCCUCGCUAAGACUCACCAGAUGUACAUCGUGGCUAACUACGUGGAGAAGGUGCCCUGCAGCCAAGCUUCCGACGCAGAGUGUCCAGCAGACGACUUCUAUUUGUUCAACACCAACCUGGUGUUCGACAGGAACGGCACGGUGAUACAAAAAUAUCACAAGGUGCACCCGUUCGGAAUCGAGCUGAGGGUGCUGCAGACGCCGCAGCCGCACCUGGCCGCCUUCCGCACCGACUUCGGCGUCGUGUUCGGCCUGAUGACCUGCUUCGAUAUCCUGUUCGAGGUGCCGGCCGUGGAGAUGACGCGGCGCGGCAUUUCACAUGUCGUGUUCCCCACCGACUGGGGUGAUGAGCUGCCUUCACUGACAGCGCUACAGAUGCACAGCGCGUGGGCGCGCGGCCUGGGCGUGACGCUGCUCUCGGCUGGGCUCCACCUCCGCAAGACCGCCAGUGUCGGCUCCGGCAUCUACACGGCCGCCGGCGCGCUCAACUACACGUACGACUACGCCAGCGAGGACGGCGCCCUGGUGACGGCGCGUGUGCCAGUCGACGGGCCGGCCCAGCCGCCGGCCGGCUUCUGCUCAGCCAACGGAGGCGGCGGCUGCCGCCAGCCGGUCGUCGGCGACGACGCGUACUACCCGGUGCAGCACUACAACGUGUCAGAGUUCGCCAGCGCCGAGCUGACGGGGCGGGAGCAGGAGCUGUGCCACGGCCAGCUCUGCUGCCGCGUCAGCGUGCGUGACGCGCCGCCCGCCGCCGCCGGCGACGCGCGCGCCACCUACCGCCUGCUCGCGUACGACGGCCGGCGCAACUUCGCGCCGCAUUGGAGCACGGAGAUCUGCGUGGUGACGCUCUGCGCCGGCCCCGACCAGGCCUCGUGCAGCUGGUUUCCGAGCGGGCCGACGCCGCCGAUUCCGCCGUUCACGCUCUCCGGCACGUUCAGAGGGGAUACGACCGUGUACCCGUCAGCUGUUAGGACGCACAUGCAGUUGGCCGCCGACUGGGACUUUGAUCGUGCGACGCGCCACCUGUCCGUCGACAAUACCGACGCGCUGCUGUCGGCGCAGCUGUACGGCAGGAACUUCGCGAGGGACCUGCCCUAGCGACGGCGGUCGGACAACGAUGCGGGUGGGUUGCGGGUGACGCGGUGGUGGUAUCGGUAAGAAUGCAUGAUAAUUGUCCCAUGAUAUUUAAUCAGGGUUUAUUUAGGCCCGCUGACAUGGAGUCGAAAUUGUUGCACGCAACGGGUGGUUUCGCGACAGGCCCGUGUUACAUGACAUUGAACCCAAAUUCCGUGGCUCAAGAUGAUGAUCCGAGAUUGUUAUGAAUCAUAUAAUGUCGACUCGAAAUUGAUGUGAAGAGUAGCAUAAUGUCGACAUGUUCUGGUUGCAUGCACGCAGCUAGCUCUGGAAGGGGCGUCUCGUAGCUCGAGUCAGUAAGGCAUCCGUGGUGAGAGACCACGGGCGCUGGCCGUCGGCAGAGCCGACAUGCUCACAGGCUUUGACGGUCAUCUCUUCUGCGCCACUCAGCAGCUGUUCAUGUCCCUGCGCCAGACGCAGCGAAAUGACAACGUGAACUGUACUCAUUUAAAUACAGAAUGUAACUGAAAGUUAAA